UGAGUAAUUAGAGUGGACUAAUGGAAGAAGAAGAGACAAGGGUAGAAGAAGCGGAGGAGCGAAAAGAGAUAUGGAGUUGGGGGGCGGGCACCGACGGGCAGCUAGCAACGGGCAGCCUUCAGGAUGAGCUCACCCCACGGUUCAUUCGCUCCCUCUCUGCCUAUGGCCCCAUUGUUUCCCUCUCUUGCGGAGGCGCCCAUGUAAUCGCCCUCACUCCCGGUGGAAGAGUGCUGACGUGGGGAAGGGGAACUUCUGGUCAAUUGGGCCAUGGGGAGACUGUUAGCACUUCGCAAGCAAACAUAGUGAAACAAUUGGAAGGUUUCGUUAUCACUCAUAUUUCUGCUGGCUGGAAUCACUCUGGAUUUGUAUCAGAGACUGGUGCCAUUUUCACCUGUGGAGAUGGUUCAUUUGGCCAGCUUGGUCAUGCUGAUUCAAGUUCACAACUUUAUCCUAGACAAGUUUCGUAUUUUGCUUCCAAGCCGGUCGAGCAAGUUGCUUGUGGAAUGCGCCAUACAUUGGUGUUGCUUGCAGGUAAUGUGGAGAAGCCGGUUUAUGGAUUUGGGUCUGGAAAGCGUGGUCAGCUGGGUAUUUCUACAGACAAAGUCAAGUUGACUAGUCUCCCUCAGAUUACCAUGGGGUUGGAAAAUAUUAAAAUCACCUGUAUUCAUGCAAAUGGAGAUCAUAGUUCAGCAUUAUCCGCUGAUGGAAGCCUAUAUACGUGGGGAAGAGGGUUCUGUGGUGCUUUAGACACGUACAUUCCAUGCCUCUCCGAUGUUGAUUUUCCUAUCAGCAAAGUCGCUCUUGGAUGGAAUCAUGCCCUACUAUUGUCAAGACAAGGGUAUGUAUUCAUGCUUGGUGGUGACCGUCAUGGAGUGCUUAGUGAUCCCCCGAAGACUCCCUCAACAGCUGAUGUACGUGUGACCCGCGCAGGAAAAUCCGAGGAAAUCAUCACGCGAAUAAUUCCUGGUCUUGCAAAUGUGAAAGUCGUCCAGAUUGCUGCAGGAGCAGAACACUCGGCCUUCAUAACAGAUAAUGGAUCGAUAAUGACAUGGGGUUGGGGAGAACACGGACAACUUGGUUUAGGCGAUACAAACGAUCAAACUGCCCCACAGGUGGUGGGCUUAGACCGGAAAUCUGCUUGUGGCGAUGCUAUUCCAAGAGUGUACUGCGGAAGUGGGUUCUCCUUCGUUUUGAUGACAAAGAUCUGAUAUGAUUUUAUUGGAAAAUUCCAACACCAUUCUUUACAAGGCACUGCUGCAACCUUAACUUCAAGGAUAGAAGAAGAUAGAUGUUUUCUUGGAUCGACUGUUUUGUAUCAACGAUCGACAUAAUUUUGUCUCAUUACUAGAAUUUGCUGUUGGUUCCUGCUUGAUUGCCCACGGCUUAUUUGUUAAA